AUGUCUACACAGGGCGGCAUACAAGAAGAGACCUUGCAGCAGUCGGUGAAGGACGCGAUCAAGGUAACGAGGAAGCUCGGAUUCAGGUACCUCUGGGUGGACGCUUUCUGCAUUAUUCAGGACUGUGCCAGGGACAAGGAGAAAGAGGUCGGGAGAAUGGCGACGAUUUACAAGAACGCCGCUAUCACCAUCGCAGCUGGAACGGCGAAGAGAGCAAUGGAUGGGUUCUUGUGGCAGAGAAGCACAUAUACCCCCGAAGUCAAGAUAGCUGUGGACGGGUCGAAAGGACAGGGUCCAGAGGGGACGGUGUAUCUUCGAUCGCGGCCCCAUGUGCCGAAGCACACGUUGGAUGAGCGUGGAUGGGUGCUUCAAGAGUUCAUGCUGUCGUCGCGGCUGCUGAUCUUUUCGGAGUACGAGCUGCUCUGGCAAUGCAAAGGGUUUGAUUUGCAGAGUGUGGUGGGGGGAGAUGACGCGUUGGACUAUUUGCAGCCGCUGGAAGGGCUGCCGUGGACUAGCUUCAACGAGGACAAUGCUGGACUAUUUGGUAGUGACGACGAGGAGAAGAUGUAUCUGUGGAAGACUGUUGUGUGGCAAUACACUCGGCGGUCGCUGAGUGACCCCAACGACAGGCUGAACGCUCUGAGGGGAACCACGAGGGAGCUGGAGGUUUUGUGGGAGGACAGUAAUUACUUUGGGCUGUGGAAGAAAUGGUUCAUUGAGCUGCUUGCGUGGUAUAAGCCCAUAGAUGCAGACGUGGGAGAAGAGGAGUCGCAGAGAUCAGAUCGAGCACCGAGCUGGUCUUGGGCAUCGCUGAGUCGGCAGGUGAAGUACACCGAGAUGUUCAUCAAGGAAGAUGCGAAGGUCAAAGAAUGGGAUACUCUAGGGACAAGGGUCCCAAGACAUGCGGUACUUGAAUGUCGCAUGAUGAAGGCUGACGACCUGGGUGCGGACCAAAGAGACAAGGACGGUGAUAUCAUAUCGGGAGGAUGCGACAAGUUACCUGACUUGGACGAGGAUGCUUUCGAGAAAGAGAUACAAGGCAGAGAGUUACAGGUUUUGCUUCUUGGGACAAUUUUCCGGGAUAGCAGGAAGUUGGGCAUCGGUCUCAUGGUCGUCGACGCUGGGAACGGGUUCUACCAGCGCGUCGGAAUGGCUGAGCUCGAGGAUCUCGAUGUUUGGGAGAGAGUAGGGUAUCAAGAGAUAAACCUGAAGUAG